UUGGUGACUAGUUAUUACAAUAUAUUCUCGUGCUUAAUUUCGUAUUAAUCACCCAUUUAUUGAGUUAUUACCUUUUGGUAUCUUGUCCAUAUAUUACUUCUUAUUACAUGUUUUCUAGUUUUUCUCUAUAUGUUCAUACAGCAAAAUCAGCAUUCCCUUUAUUGUUUCUACGUACGUCUCCUUCUCUCUGUGUCGCGCAAUCAAUGGUUUUACUUCACCAUGUAAGCCUCUCUGUGUUACUUCUUCUCUCAUCAUCAAUCGAAUAUGUUUUCUUCCUACUCUGUCGCUGAACCAAUCAUUUGUUGUAUUGCCUGUGUUGUGUGUUUAAUGCAGUUAGAGCAGGGGGUGCGUCCGAUUUCACGGUGUUACAAUCCCAAUCCAACAACGUAUCCAACAACAAUAGGAAGAAAUAUUUUCUUCCCAGGUGCAGGUGCAGGUGCAGGUGCAGCCACAAGCAGCAAGCUGUUCUCCAGAGGUUUCUCAGUCACAAAGCCAAAACCGAAAACCGAAUCAAAAGAAGCCGCUGCGAAGAAACAUAGUGACGCAGAGAGAAGACGACGGCUUAGGAUUAACUGCCAAUUUGCAACUCUCCGCACUAUUCUUCCAAACUUGGUCAAACAGGAUAAAGCAUCUGUGCUUGGAGAGACUGUCAGGUACUUCAACGAAUUGAAAAAGAUGGUUCAGGACAUACCAACCACACCAUCUUUAGAAGACAGCUUGAGAUUGGGUCACUGUAAUAACAACAGAGACUUGGCAAGAGUCGUAUUCAGUUGUAGCGACAGAGAAGGGCUAAUGUCAGAGGUUGCAGAGUCGCUGAAAGCAGCCAAAACAAAGGCAGUGAGAGCUGAGAUCAUGACAGUAGGUGGAAGAACCAAGUGUGCCUUGUUUGUUCAAGGUGUAAAUGGAAAUGAAGGAUUGGUUAAGCUCAAGAAAUCGUUGAAACCUGUAGUGAAUGGUAAAAUUUCAUCAGAGGCAAAGAACAACAUCAAUGAAGGAUCGUUGUUGACCCAGCAGCAGUGA